AAAUAACUGAUAUUUGACAUUUACCUGUUUUUGUGUAUUAUUUACAAAACAAUCAAUAAAAACUAAAAAUGAUACACAUAUAAAUAAUAAAACAAAAAUAAAUUAUUGGAAAAUGGCUUAUUUCCAUUAUAGAUGUGGAGAAAGAAUCACUUUAAUUAAUGACAAUUGUACCGCUGUUCGAAACGAAAGCGAAUUUGAUCAUGGUUUAGUAAUAUCUGCGGAACCUUUACAAAAUGAUGUUCUUUUCGAAAUAAAAAUAGAUAAAAAGGUGAAUUCUUGGUCUGGCAGCUUAGAAAUCGGCGUUGUUGAUUGCGAUCCUCUACAUUUUGAUUUUCCACCGUGUGCUUCGAGAAUUCAAACAGGAUCCUGGAUCAUGUCAGGAACUACAGUAUUUAAAAACGGUGUUGGUUUAGUAGAAGGUUACGGUACUGACUUGGAUAGAUUGAAUCAAGAUGAUAGAAUCGGUUUAAUGCGUACAUCUGAGGGGGAUCUAGUAUUUUAUAUUAAUGGCGAAUCUCAAGGAGUUGGGGCAGAAGAUUUACCAAGUGUAGUGUACGCUAUUGUAGAUCUUUAUGGAAAAUGUGUUCAAGUUACAAUAACUAGUCCGGCUUAUAGGGAGCAUAAUAAUGAUGAUUGCCUCAGUGGUAGUUCAGUUCUGGCCAUAGAUAACGAUAUAUUAAAUGUAACCCUUGGGGGUGAUCUAAGUGAAUUAAGUUUGAGUAGUAGUAACAGUUUAGAUAUUCGAAUGGAUAUGAAUGUAAGUUUAAGUUUACCCGAAGAGAUACCAAGACAAGAUAGACUUCGCUUCCAUGAUAGAUGUGGGUCUUUAGUAAAAUUAUCUAAUGGUAAUAGAAGCGCCGAAAGACGAAGACCACUAGACGAAUUUAAUAACGGAGUUGUAAUGACUCACAGACCAUUGAGAGAUUCUGAAUUAUUUGAAAUUCGUAUCGAUAGAUUGGUGGACAAGUGGAGUGGUAGUAUAGAGAUGGGUAUAACAACCCACGAUCCAAAUUCUCUCGUUUUUCCUGCUACUAUGACAAAUAUGCGUAGCGGAACGAUAAUGAUGUCCGGUUGUGGUAUUUUAACCAACGGUAAAGGUACUAGAAGGGAAUACGGAGAUUUUAAUUUGGAUGAAUUGACCGAAGGAGAUAGAGUAGGAAUGAUGAGAAAACCAGACGGGAAUUUGCAUUAUUUCAUAAACGGUUUAGAUCAAGGAAUAGCAGCUCAAAGAGUUCCCAAUAAAGUUUGGGGAGUUAUUGAUUUGUACGGUAUGACUAUAAAGGUAUCGAUUGUAGAAAGGGACGAACGCGAGGAACAGAACUUAAUCACAAGGAAAAACACCCGCGAUCAACAAAUCAAUCUUUCCGAAAGUAAUAACUUCCAAGAUUUCUACGAUCGAUUAAAUUUCCAUCCGAAUUGCGGUCAUCACGCCGAAGUUAUCAAUAACAAUCGAACGGCCCACCGACCGAAUUUCGCCGAGGAUUUCAAUAACGGCGUCGUUCUAACGGCGCGCCCUCUCAAAACCGGCGAACUGUUCGAAGUUCGACUCGAUAGAGUCGUUACCAAAUGGGCGGGAUCCAUAGAAAUCGGCGUCACCACUCACAAUCCCGUCGAUUUGGAAUUUCCUUUUACAAUGACGAACGUUAGAUCCGGUACGUGGAUGAUGACCGGAAGCGGUAUCAUGCACAACGGAACCAUCGUUUUGGAACAAUACGGCGUCAAUUUGGAUAGACUGCAAGUCGGGGAUAGAGUCGGCGUAUUGAGGAAAGAAAACGGUUUAUUGCAUUUUUUCGUUAACGGGAUCGAUCAGGGAUGCGCCGCUUCUAACGUUCCAGAUAAAAUAUACGGAGUUAUCGAUUUGUACGGUCAAGCUGUGGAGGCCACAAUAAUCGAUGCAUACGAUUACGGUUCUCCUGACACAAUUAAUUCCAGUCUUUCGAAUACAACUCUUUACAGCGAUUUGAGAUUUCACCAUAUCCACGGCAAAAACGCCCGAAUAGUCAAUAACGGAUUAACAGCACUCCGGCCCAGGCCCCUAGCAGAAUUCAACGACGCCAUUACAUUUUCCAAUCGACCCCUAAGGGAUGGAGAAUUGUUCGAAAUUUGUCUGGAUACUGUUGUGGAUAGAUGGUCGGGAAGUAUCGAAUUAGGUGUUACUGCCGUCCGACCGGAAGAAAUCGAUUUACCCAGUACUGCGACGGAUCUGUGUCGAGACACCUGGAUGCUCAGCGGUUCCUCCGUUAUGAUAAACGGGAAAACUAUAAAAAAUAAUUACAUCUGCGAUCUGGAUGUUUUAACUGCCGGCAUAAAAUUAGGGGUGAUGAGAUCGGCCGAUAAAUCUUUGGAAUUUUAUAAAAACGGCGUGAGUCAAGGUGUGGCGUGCGUCGUACCACAUAAUAAUAUUUACGCCGUAGUCGAUUUGUACGGACAAUGCGCUCAAGUUAGUAUCCCUUGCGCUUCUCCUACGGCCGCAUUACCAUCGACAGGUAUUGAAAUAUCUCAUCGUUCCGAUACGUCGGCUUCUCUCCAAGCUACCAGUGUAGUUCAACCCCCUAUCGAUUUACACCGAUUCUCAGAAAUACACGGUAAAGGGGUUACUUUGGACGAAAGGGGGCGGUUGGCGACUAGAUCCAAGGAUUUCAGCAGUUCCGUCGUUUUUAGCGCUACUCCUCUUCUACAAGAUGAAAUGUUCGAGGUAUCUUUGACGAAUUUGACUAAACAUAUGGCGGGCACUUUAUCUGUCGGUGUGACUGAAGUACCGCCGGCGUUAUUCUCUAAUAACGUUUCCGCCAAGUGCUACUACCUUACCGGAAAUGAGCUAAGAUACCAAAAUAAGGUGUUGCAGUUCUUCACACCGAAUCUCAGUUGGUUGACUUUUAACGAUAGAAUCGGUCUAUUAAAAACUUCAGAUGGUAAUUUGAAAGUUUUCAUAAACGGGGAAGAAUUAUCCGUUAAUUUUCCACCUUUACCCGAAGUACUUUACGCCGUAUUCGAUCUGAGGGGUUGUUGUGCAGAAAUCGGCGUUACAAGUCACAAAGCUAAUAAUAUAUCGCCGUUGAACAGCUCAAGGUUACAAGACAGUUUGGAAAUCGUCCUCGAUCAGGAACCCGUUUCCGAACAUCUAGAAGUGAAAGAAACGACUUGUUUGCCGUACGAAUUUCACGAAAAUCACGGUAGAAACAUCGAGAUUGUUAAUAAUAAAACGACGGCCCGUCGCGUGGCUUCUUACAACCAAGGUAUCACUAUUAUCCAAAAACCUUUGGAGCCCAAUACGAGAGUUGAAGUUGUCAUAGAAGAAUUGGAAAGUCGUUGGAAAUCGUCACUCAUAAUUGGAAUUAUUGCUGGUAUUCCGGAAAGACUAAGUUUACCCGUAAAUGCUCUGUCGUUGAAACCCCCUUGUUGCGUGAUAGCGAAUGAUUGGUUGGCUAUAAAUGGAGUCAAAUCUUGUUCGAACUACGGUGAACGAUUAGAUUCUCUUAAGGUAGGAGAUAAAGUCGGAAUAAUAUUUACGGAAACGAAAUGCUUACAAUUGUGUAUAAACGGUAUCGAAGAAGAACCAUUGGCUGUAAAUUUUCCGAAAAAUCUUACGGUAUACGCAGUUUUCGACCUUUACGGUCAGUGCCAACAGAUAAGGAUUUUAAACGAUCACGUUAUGGAAGUAGAACAGGACGUUGAGAAAAUCAUCGAUUGCGAAAAAGCUGAUUUGGAAUCGUUCGAAAAGGAAGGUAACGAUACUAAAUUGAACUUACCUAUUGCUUCUACGAGUACAAGUACAAUUAGUUCGGUCGUACCAAAAUCUCCUAACGGUAACACUCCUUUGAAAUCGUGUGCUUAUAAGGAAGAAGUGGAAAAAUUGAAGGAAAGGCUUUUGCUACCAGAUCACUAUUUCACUCGAGAGGAACCUACUUGUUACUGCCAUUAUUGUUUCAAACUAAAAACGGAAGAUAAAGAAAAUUUAUCGGGUUGGGUGAGAUUUCCAAUUUUGGAAAAUAUGUCGACGGAUAAAUGGCACACGGCUUUUUAUUUUUCCAAAUUAGGAGGAAUUCGAUGCGUCUUGGAUAAAGGGCAACCUCUAACUAAAGGUCAAGCCGAAUGGUGUAAUUUCACAGGACGUAAAACCGACGACGUUCAAAUUGUAUUUUAUCCUUCGAUACAAAUGGCGUCGACUAAAGGAUACAAAAUAGAGGAUAAAGAAGUUUACGCGGCGUUUCAAUUAUCGGUUAAACCCGGUGCUUAUUCGGUGUAUCGAGACAGCGAUUUAACCGAAUGGAGUACCAAAGAGAGCGGGGCUUUAGUACUAAAAGCUCUUUUAUUAAAAAUCGUCUAAACCGAAUCAAAUUCCUUAUGUAGUACUUUUUAUUUAUUGAAUAAAAACUUUUCGACUAUUCUAUAUGUGAUUCCUCCGACUAGUGACCGGAUUUCUUACCAUCUAAGACGCCAUCGGCAUCACUGACGAUCCGGAGUCAUCUGUGAAUACCCUGCACUUGGACAAGCCUCACAAUUUGCUAAAUAACAUCAAAAGGAUUCAAGUUAAACCGCCUGAUCGGUUCCUCGAAGUAAAUCAGUCUUUGACAACGUCAAGUAGGGUACGACGGGCUUAUGUGCUCAACGGUUCCUUUGCCACCCAUCGGACACUACCAUCUAAGAUGCUAUUUCCACAUCACGGACGAUCCGGAGUGCCUUUGGUGCUUGAAGGAGGUAGAAACCGUAGACCGCGACAUCUGUGUACACCCUGCACUUGAACAAGCCUUACAACUUGCCUAAUGACAUCAAAAGAUUCAAGUUAAACCGCCUGAUCGGUUCCUCGAAGGACAUCAGCCUUUGAUAACGUCAAGUAGGGUACGACGGGCCUAUCUGAAGGCUUAUGUUCUCAUGAUCGUCCACAAUUAACUAUGAAUUAGGGUAUUUUGUCUUAGUAGAAGCAGUCUAGAGCUGGGGUAUAUACCAGAGCCUUGGAGGCGAGUCGAAAGAAAUAUUCAUACCAAAAGCAGGAAAGAGGUACAAAAGACCUUCGGAUCAAUGCGUUUCUACUUAAAAAAUCUACAUUAGAACGGAGUUUCUGGAGUGAAAACUUCUCGAUAUGUAUCAAUUCGCAUACAAAACAGGCAAAUAGAAUUGGAAUGGAAGGUACGGGAUUAAAAAUACUAUUAAAACCGGUUGGUAGCACACCGAACAGAAAUUUAUGCAAAUGGAAAAGGUGUUCGGUUCAAUUUAGAUAGGAACUAUCGGGU